AUGCUUGCUAAACUUAAGGCAAAUGUUUGGCAAAAUCACUUAAUGAAGCUUACUCCCAAAGAUGGUAGUCUCUGGAGAGAAACUAGGCAAACACUUCGUUAUAAAUCACCAAAUCUCCCUUUAAAAAAAUCAGAUGGUAGCCUUGCCUUCUCCGACCUCGAAAAAGCUGAACUUUUUAAGGAGCAUCUUUCUCAAACUUUUCAACCACACUACAACAUAAUUGAUAACGAAAAUAUGAAUGUGGUAGAAACGUUCCUAAAUUCUUCCCUUCCUAUAUUUUUCCCUGUCAAGUCUUUUACUCCAAAUGAUGUAAAAUUUGCCAUACAGAAAUUCUCACUAAACAAAUCGCCAGGCUAUGAUCGAAUUACUGCGGAAGUAGCCAGAUCUCUUCCAACUAGAGCWAUUGYCCACAUCACUCACAUACUUAAUGCUUCACUUAGACUUUCUUAUUUUCCUCUACUUUGGAAAUUCUCCACUAUAGUUUUGUUCCCUAAACCAAAUAAACCGCCGGACAUUCCAUCUUCCCAUCUCCCAAUCAGCCUUCUUCCAUUUGUCGCUAAAAUCCUUGAACGAUUAAUUCUGAAACACAUUUCACAAGCCUUCGAUAGGGUGUGGUACGAUGGUCUUUUAUAUAAACUUAAGAAAUUCCUUCCACCCACUUACUACCUACUCAUCAAAUCCUAUCUAACGAAUCGAAAUUUUCAAGUUCGCUACAGUUCCACUCUCUCUGAUAUAGCUCCUAUAAAGGCUGGCGUACCUCAAGGUGGUAUCUUAUCUCCAAUUCUUUAUAAUAACUUUGCUUUUGACCAACCUACUACUACCAAUACAUCAGUAGCUGACYACUCUGAUGACAAAGCGUUAWUAUCCAUCAACAGAGAUCCAAUCAUAGCGUCAAUAAACCUACAAACUCACCUUAAUGCUAUGGAAAAAYGGUUCACAAAAUGGCGGUUUAAAGUUAACCAGAAUAAGUCAGUUCACACAACCAUUAUCCUCARACAUACUCCUUGUCCUGGUGUAGUUCUAUACGGYCUUCCGAUUCCCUACUUUCCAAAAAUCAAAUACCUUGGCCUUAUUCUUGAUCAAAGAUUAACGUGGGCUCAUCACACCAGAACUAAAAGAUUAGCUUAG